GGAGUAGGUAGACUACAUUCAGCUGUCUCACUCUAGCAGCUUAUUUGCAGACUGCAAAACAAGGAAAUCACACAGGCACCUAGUUUUGUCAGCUUUGGUAUUGUAUUUAGCUAUAGAUGCAUCUGCCCUAGUGUUUUAACAACAACAAGAUAUGCACAGGAUAAAAAACAGGGAAUGUUGAGCUUUCUGACCGGGAAACACCAGAAAAACAGGUCACAGGAAGGAGUUCACUAAUCUGAAAGUGGUAACACUGCCUGUGCCUCUGAUAGUGUCAGUUAGCCAGAUAGUCAGGUGCUGCUAAAGGUGUAUGUAUGCAGUUUUGAACAAACAGGUCGGUGAUAGGAUAUGCUGCUCUGACAUCAGACGACAUCUGAAAAAAACAUUCAUAUGUGGGUCGGGCUGGAGUCUGAUAUCUUCGCCAUGGGAUUGUGGUCCAUCAGCAUUGGUGCUCUCGGUGCAGCAGUAGCCGGGAUACUUCUAGCAAACACAGACUAUUUCCUAACUAAAACUGAGCAAGCUACUUUGGAAUAUUUAGGAGAGACUGAACUGAAGACCAUAUCAGAUGAAUCAAGAACUUUCAAAGCAAAAGACCUAUGGGAGAGGAAUGGAGCUGUAAUUAUGGCUGUGCGGAGACCUGGAUGUUUCCUGUGCAGAGAGGAGGCCUCAGGGCUGUCUUCUCUCAGGCCUGAGCUGGACCAGUUGGGUGUUCCACUCUACGGUGUGGUAAAGGAGAACAUUGGUACAGAAGUUGAAGAUUUUCAACCUUACUUUAAAGGAGAACUUUUUCUUGAUGAAAAGAAACGCUUUUAUGGACCACAGAAGAGGAAGAUGAUGUUCAUGGGACUCGUACGAUUGGGAGUAUGGCUGAAUUUCCGCCGGGCUUGGAAAGCCGGCUUUGAGGGAAACCUGGAAGGAGAAGGUCUAAUCCUUGGUGGCAUGUUUGUGAUUGGCUCUGGAAAUCAGGGAAUUCUCCACGAGCAUCGUGAGAAGGAAUUUGGAGAUAAGGCGAAUCUGACGGCCAUCCUUGAGGCAGCUAAGAAGAUAACUGUGCAGAAAACUUCCCAUUAAACAGUGGCUAUUGUUCUACGUAGCAGCCUUUACUGAUGCAGUGCAGGCCUAUGUCCACAAAAUGUGCUAUGUGUAAUACUCUUACCUCAGUUACACACAAAAUAAUUCCGCAGACACCUUAUUUAUUUUUCUGAAAACAUUAUACAUAGUUGUGCUGUCAUUACUGAAAGCGUAACACACACACACACACACACACACACACACACACACACACACACACACACACACUUACUUUGACAAUUGUUCCCUAAUACUCCAAUCUAGGGGGUUGGAUUGGCAACCAGAGGACCAUAGCAUCAAGAAUAGUGCCUGGUCUACUUUAAAAAUGUAUGUGUUUAUUUAUUUAUAACAACUUAUUGGGUGUUCCUAAACUGCUGUGUGGCUCCAUCAUCACUUAUAGCUGCAAAAAAGACACAUUGGGAGGGAAUUCAAAUGUUUGAAAGUCGGUUUGGUGUCUGUUAUUUACAGUCUAUUAGAUAGGAAAAAACAGACACCCAACUGACUUUUCAAACAACUGAAUAUAAUCAGAUUAAUGUGAAUGUUUUGUCAAAGCCGUUUCCACUAGCAACAUGUUAUCAGAGCCAUGUUUUAGGAGGACCUAGCAUACAGUAUAUGAUAAAUUAAAAACUCAAAUGUGCUUUAUAUUUUGAAACACAAAGUAGUAAAAUACACAAAAGUAGGUUGGGUACGAUUAGCCGACAAGGAACAUGUCGACACUUAUGUAUACAUGGAUGAUGUCGGCAUGAUGAAAUGCCGACAUUCCGGUUCCCAGUGGUUUGUCGCAGCGGCGGCUCCUGCUGGGUGACGACAUUAUGACAGUGUUAGUCGACUUUCUGGACGGAUACCCUUGAAAGUAUAAGCAGUCAGAAAAACAUUUUCCAGGUAACCUUCUUUUUUUUUUUUUCUUUUUUUUUUUUUUAUGUUUUUCGUGCACAUUUUACAAACUGUUGGAGGAAACACCCCAAAAAUAAUUAAUUUAUGUCCAUAAACAUUGAAGCUUUACUAAAGCCAUGUUCUUUAAAAUGAAUAUGAAAGAAAACCGAUAGCCAAUACAAUUUUUCUAAUGCUUUGAUUAGUAUUAUGUGAUUAUAAUAUAAAUAAAGAAAAGUCAACAAAG